GGGCGGGCGCAGGGAGGGCUCUCCUCCGGCCGGCCGCCGCCACCCCUCUCUUUCCCCAGAGGCCAUGGCAGCGCCGGGGGCCGGGCAGCUGCUCGAAGCCGCCGGUGCUGGGGCAGGAACGGAGCCGGCGGUGGCUGCCGAGGAGAUAGAACUGUCUCUGGAUGACAUCAUAAAGCGCAACAAGAAAGGACAGACAAACACAAAGGAAAACAGAUGGAAGCAGCCGCUCAAGAACUGGAAUCCAGCCUAUGGCAACAGAAGACACCGAUUCCGGGGCUGGGUACCAAGGAACGUGCAAGGACCCAGCAGGUUCAGAGGAGAGUUUCAAAAGCAGCAGAAUUACAGGAAGCCUUUCUGGAAUGGGGUGACCAAUCCCAGGAGGAGAGCAGCCCUUGGGCCAAAAGGCACGAGCCCGCUAAAUCGGCCAAGCUCAGCUCAACAGGUGCAGCAGGAAGAUGGGAGCAGGGAUGGCACAACACCCAGUACCCAGCAGAGGGCUCCCACAACGGUCAAUCGCUUUCGAAGGGCAGGAGCUGCUCCACCAAGCACCCAAAGUAACCAGCCUUUCCGGCUAAACCGAAGACCAGCUUUCUUCCAUAGGCAAUCCAGAUUCAACUUCAACCGAGGGCAAACAAAGUCCAAUGUGGUGGGGAAGCCUUUAAAGAGGAGGAGGUGGCAGCCAGAACCCAAUCCUGGAGGUGUGCUGACCGUUUCUGUGUCUAACCCCCAAGCAAGUCAAGCAAGCAUGCCAGGAGCCAAGCACCCCUUCCUGAGGGGGAGAAGAGGCCCAGAAAAGAUGAGCCGUUCCCAGCCCAAAGGCGUCCCCCUGAGAUUCAACUUCCGGGCUAUGGCUAACCAGACGAGCUUGACAUUGAAUGAGAGGUUCUCUGGGUUGAGGAACACACGCCAUUUCACAGCGAAGCAGAACACAGGCCGAAUGGUCACUCUGCCAUUGCAUUCGGUGAAGUCAGACUGGCUUUGCAAAGGAGCUUGCCCCUAAACCCAGUUGGUUGGUUGCCUGCCUCUGUCUGGGUGGUGGCUUGGCAUCACCAAAACACAGAGACCUCACACCCAAAGAUUUCUGCCCAUGCUUCAGACAUGCAGCCCUAAGAGUGGCUCUGACUCCCACUUUAGGCCCCUCUACCCCAGACUUCCUCCUGAUGUAGCCUACAGUCUGAUCCAGCUUUGAGGUAUGAUUCUGUAUGGCCACUAGUACUGUUGUGUUUUUGCCGGAGAGCCAUGUGGUAAGGAAGAUCUCUAAGCACGCUUCCUAGGGGUCCUCUUUAAUCCUCAGAUAUGCCCACAAAGGCAUGAUCCAGCACCCUCAUGCCACAGCUGCCUCUGGAGUGACCCUCCCUCCGGUAAGAGGCAUGCCUCACAGCUGAGUGCCUGGUUGUUUGUGUAGUGUGGGGGCAGGGAAUUUUGUGGGCUCCCAGAUAUUGCCAGAUCCAAUGGCCUUCUGCCCUAGCCAGCAUGGCUGACCGUCAGGGGUGAUGGUAUCCAACAACAUCUAGAGGGCCACAGAAUUCCCCAUCCUUGGUCUAGUGAAUUUGAGGUUCUUUGUUUGUCUCCCUCUGCCCCCUUUUGCCUGGAAAAGCACUUUGGCAGAUUCCUUUUGAGGGUUUGGUUGUGACAAGUUGUAGCAGCGCACUGAAUAAAACAACUUUUAGAAGCUGAAA